CGUCACCUAGUUACAGUAGCUAACGAGCCCACAUACUCUUCUGUGUAGCGAGGUGGGCAGCUGAGAAAGCCUGUUUUAGCUCUUUUCGUCAUGAUUAUCGCCUUUCUGAAGACCAUUUGGAGAUAAACAGCGAAGUAAAAUGAAGUACGUCCGCUCGUUGUGUUGGAGGUUUAUCCCGACAGUGUCGCGGUCGCGCGUGUUUUGAUGUGAAUGUCAAGAGGUGGGCACUUCUAACGUUAACUGGCUGUGUGACUUCGAGCUGGCGUGCGUGAGUUUUGCGUUUGUGCACAGGUUCCGCUGAAUGAGGGCAUAUUUGGAAGACACACUUCAGAAAUGUACAGCCCCAAAGAGCUAGAAGGAGAAGUUGACCACUCAUUCUUUGACAGUGACUGUGACGCUAGUGCACUUGCUUCUGAAGAUGUACAGCCUAAUAAACAGAAGGUCAUGGAAAGACAAGAUGAAAAAACAGGAGGUGUUUCAAUAGAUCAGAUAGGAAGAGGUGCUCAAAGUGUAAGGAAUAGUAAAGAUGGAGCUAGAUUUGAGGAUGAUUUAAAGCAGGGCAGCAGGGGCCAAAACGAAGAGACAGAAUUAAAAAAAGAGCGACAAAGUAGUGAAGGAUUUUUCAAAGGUUCUUUAUCACUUCCAAGUGCCAAAAGCUCAGAGACUGUGAACAACAGCCAAUCAGAUGAAGGAUCUAGUGUGCAUUCAUACUCAUCGGAUGAGGAAAGAGAGCUGGAUUUUAAACUCAGGAAAACCAAUGUUAAUGUAACCAGCGACGACGACGACGAUGGAUACCAUCGUAGUGACGAUGAAAGUGAGGAGGAUAGGAGAUCGCCGGUCACACGGUCAACAAAACAUAAGGGAUUGUCCCACGGAACACCUAAAAAAUCUGCUGGAAAAUUCCACAAGCUGAGCCGUAGCCGGUCAUCAUCAUCCGACCCCGAGUCCUCCCAAAGUAGUGAAGAAAGAAGCUCUUUUCAAUCUCAGAAAUCAUCUGUAAAACAUCGGCGGGUCGGUUCAGCUUACCAGAAAGAACGACCAAGAGAAACAGCGGAAUCCGAGGACACAGUUACUGAUGUGACCCCUCUCUCCACACCAAAUGUUAGUCCUUCCCAGUCAAGUGAUGUGGCUCUUCCCUCUGAACCCGUGGCAGCAGAUGUUCAACAGCGACAACAGCCCAGCGUUACUGAGAAGAUGCUAGCGAAUGAUAUUUCGGUGGGUCAGGACAGUUUAAGUUCAGAAGGAGAGGGUGGACCAGUGUUUUUAAAAGUAGAGAAGCAGUUAAACAGGGUACUUAUGGUCUCCAGCCCUGGCAGUGUUAGCAGCAGCCGUAAGAACUAUUCCUUCACGAAUGAAGAGGUACGGCAGAUCGACCGGGAGAACCAGCGGCUGUUACAUGAACUGUCCCGGUCAUCGGCGCGUUCCCGCAGCGGCAGCUCUGCCUGCUCUAAAAGCAGCAGCAGCAGUCGCAGGAGUAGUGCGCCACCCAUACGCCUUUACCACAGCGCCCUCAACAGACAACGAGAGCAAGAGCGCAUUCAAAAGGAAAACAUGGCAUUCCUGAAGCGUCUAGAAUCUGUGAAGCCCACUCCUGGCAUGACCCGUGAUGAACAGCUAGCUGAUUACCAGCAGCAGUGCCGAUACCUGGGAACACACAACACCGCUAUCCCACCAGUCAAACUCAAGUCCAGCAAGACAUCUGGAAGGGCUUCGAGACCUGGUAGCAGUCCUCACAAAUCUAGAUCGGAAUCCGCUAAACUCAGAACUACACCACGGCCUGCAUGGUCCUGAUUCUCAUAUUUUACCUUCUCUUUCUCUGCCCUCAACACUUUCUCUUACACGGCUGUAAGUAAAAUACAGACUGCAGAUCACAACACAAAAUCUUCUGGAUAAAUGUUGCAAAAAAGGCUUGAGCUCAUGGUAAUUUGUCCAGGUGUGGAGUGAUAUAAAUGAAAAUACUUGUUAGAGAGUAACCACAGCUAAACAUUUGCUACAUUUAUUCGACAGUGUGCAGCUUUUUUCUGUAUGUAAUAUUUAGAAACGGAUUUAGACUCAAUGAAUUCAGUCAACACCGAUCGGGACCAUAAAUUGUGACAAUCCACUUUCUGAAAUAUUAAGAAGUAAACUAGUGCCUAUAUGUGACAGACAACUGUAUGUAUUUUUAAGCGGUGUAUUGUAAAGACAUUGCAGCAAUUUUCAGAAUAAUUAAUUACGUGACACAUCUGUCAGAAACUAAAUCUCAUGUGAAAUAAAGCUUUAUUUGUUAUGGUUA